AUGGUUCAGUCGAGGAUCUGUCUCUUACUUCUAUGCUACCAGCUUCUUGAUGUAGUGGAUGCACAGGGGAAUUUUACCAGUUCCACACCUUCAGUCCCCGCAGCUAGCGAUUUCAUAAGGCGCUCGUGGCAUUCUUCCAUCGUGGUUGGGAAUUUUCUGUAUAUUGAUGGAGGAGAUCUCUGGCAAAUGGUCGAUGGCAUUAUGCUCUGGGGCCCGAAUACUAAGACAUUGUCUAUCGACCUCACGAAGUCAUGGACAAAUACUACAGUUGAAAUGAAUCCGAUUAAUAAAACGAUCGAAUCAUGGGAUGAAGCAUAUCUCUGGCCGGACUCUAGUCGCUCUUCGUUCUACCAGUGGGGCGGGUCAAUUUCAACUAGAAAAGUGCCUCCGAUCGUCGCAGCAUCUUCUCUUUGCAAAUUUGAACCUGAUAACCGUGGAGGAGGGGAGUGGACAGAGCUAGGACAUGCCUCCAACUCCAUUUUCCGAGACCUUCGACGAAGCGUUAGAGGAGCUACAGCCAGCAGAGAUGACAUCUGGUAUAUGGUAGGGGGAGCCACACAUUGUUCUUCAGAUCGAAGCAUCAGCGAGUGCAGUACAUUUACAAGCCUCGGUCCCAUCAUUUCAUACAACUCAACAUCUAAUCUCUGGACCAACGACUCUGCUCAAGAUUUCACUGGGUCCGAAACUGCAAUUUUUAGUGCCAUGCACAACGUCCCUUUCGGUAGCUCGGUCGGCCUUAAUGUCAUCUUUGGUGGAGGGACAACAUUUUCGGGCAGAACCAGCGACACAUAUUACCCUACCAAUCUCCUCGAUUUCCAGCACAUAUACAUAUACGAUCCUAUUACAAAGACAUUUCAUAGCCAGACUGCCACGGGUCCGCGGCCUAGCCCACGCAUUCAAUUCUGCUCAGUCGGGACUCCGGGUGACAACGGAAGCUAUGAGAUUUUUGUCUUCGGAGGAUAUGAGCAGUUAAAUAUCACAAGUAAUGAGGUUUACGUUCUAUCGUUACCCGCGUUUGUUUGGUUCAAGGCAGAUCAUACUGCGACCAGCCCGCGACGGGCACACGAGUGCAAUAUUGUUGGCCAAGGAGGUAGUCAAAUGGCCGUCAUAGGAGGAAUUGAUAUAUCGUUUCCCACUGGCACAACGAGAAACUCACCAGACCCAUGGACCAACGGCAUCAAUGUCUUCGACCUCAGCGCUAUGCGCUGGAAAGAUACUUACGACCCAAAUAACCCACCUUAUCAAAGCCCUUCCGUGGUAAGAGACUGGUACACAAAGAAUGGUUCCUCUCCCCUUUGGGACUCUCCAGCAGUUGAGAGACUUUUUCUCGAGGCAGUUACACCCACCACCACGCCUGUGCCACCAUCUGGGUUAAAUCAAUCCGAGAUAGGUACGCCGCCGUCGGAUGGAAAACCUAAUGUAGGUGCCAUUGCAGGAGGUGUCGUCGGUGGUGUCACAGUGCUGGCGGUCAUUGCGUUUGUGAUGCAUUAUAUAUUCAAAAAGCAAAGAACGGAUAGUGAGAGCAAUGAUUACCGCAAGCCAGAGCUUGAAGCCAGUGUCAGCAAUUACACCACGGAAUCAGCACACCAAGGAAGAACCGUUCGCGAGCAGCAGCAUCCGCAAUCCACCUUGUUGGAGCUACCGCAAUCCGCCUUGUUGGAGCUACCGCCUGCUGACGAUCGGUAUGAGGCGGACAGUGGAAACGCAAGAUGA